AUGUCCAGGGUUAUGGCUCUUUGACUAAAUAGGCAUAAAAGAAAUAUGCUCUAUGUAUUUCAGAUGACAGACCAGCUGUUUGGAGCUUGUCUCCUGGCAGCGACUGGAUUGGCUUUUACUUACUAUACUUUACUGGUUGUUGUUAUGCCUUUUGUGGACGAGGACCAAGACUAUAUACAUGCCUUGUUUCCAGACAGAAAGUUUGCAGUUGCUCUUCCACUACUAGCUGGUGUCAUUGGACUUCUUGCCAUAGGCUGUUUUGUGUCAGUUGUUCUCCUGAAAUCAGGGUCCAAACAGAAGACAAGCUAACAGUGUUUUUCAUUGUUUACUUUGUAUAAUAAUAAAGUCUAAUAUGCAAA